AAAAAAAAAAAAAAAAAAGAAGAACCCUAAAUCAAUCAAUCUCGUUGAUUUUCGUCGAACCUGGUGAAAUCUGUUGUUGUUCGAGCAAAAUCGGGAUGGCAUACGACGGUUAUCCAAAGAGUGGCCUUAGAUUCUACGAAGGUCUAUAUGAACUGGUGGAUGAUCCUUCAUCGGAUUCAACCAUCUCAUGGAGCAAAAGCAACAAGAGUUUCGUUAUUCGGAACCAGGAAGAGCUCAUUCGCAGAAAGAUGCUUUCCAGAUUCUUUUGCAGAAAGCUUACCGAGUUUAUCUCAAAGCUUAAGUUUUCUGGCUUUAAACAAAUGAAGAGGUCUUCUGGGCUGUGGGAAUUUGGUGAUAAGAAUUUUGUGAGAGGUCGUCCUGAGCUUAUGGUGGAGAUGCAUAAAAGAGUUUCCAUGGCUAGGAUUACGGAAAGGUCUAACCAAAUGAAAGCUAUGUCAUUUGAUGGGUUGCCUCUAGGUGAGGAUAGAUUAGGAGACGACGACGAUACCGUUGUUCCCGAUUCCCAAGAGAGCGAAGUUCGAUAUCUGAACUUGAAGGAGACCGUUUCUACAGAAUUGAAAUGCUUCCGCGAGCACCUCAUUGGUGCUAAACGUUUCAUCCAGGACACCACGAUCACAAAAGAUCAGAUCCGGGCCUCCAUCAGAUGUUUCAAGACGUUGAUAGAUAAUUUUAACAAUGUUUGGGAGCAGUUUCGUAGUGGCCGUGAUCAGGAAUUGAUCAGUUUGAGACAUCGAAUGGUGCUUCCUUCAUCUGAUGACUCAGAGGAGUUAAGUUGUGAUCAACUUCGCUUAAAUGCUCAUACUCUCCUCAAGUUCUUUAGCGAGAAGACUUUUAAUCCUUUUGUGGAAGCUUUCGCUCCUUUUGUUACAGUACGCAAAGAGUCCGCUAGUACUAUGGAUGCUCUCACGGAAAUCCAACAUGUUGUGGAAGACAGUGAUACUUUGAUUUAUAGGGUCACACACGAUGGCUUCGACGGCAGGGACAUCUCAGCGGAAGAAGAAGCUGAUGAUAUUGAGUGGUAAAAUGGUGCAGGAUGAUGUUAUUUGAGUGGUAAAAUGGUGGAAGGAUGGAUCAGUACUGUCUGUCUUCCUUAGACUAAUCAAAUUACUACUAGCUCUUACUUGUGAUGUCAAAUGUCAAAUGUUGACGUACCGUCUAUCUUUUCCUUAUUGCUUAAAACAGUAAAUGUGUGUAGCUUUAGCUUCUUCAUAUAACAUUCUCUCCCCGUAUUAGUUUAUUUUGAAUGUAUGGAUACCUGCAAGUCAUUUUACUU